UCGCCAGGUUGCUUUUGCUUGUGGUUCACUUUUUGCCUUGAGGUGACAACUUUUCCAGCUGCUUCGCUGCUUGCUGACAGAAUUGUUUUCGCAAAUUAUGGCGUCGGCAUACUACAAGGAUAUAAGCCACAGUGACAGGAAGAGGUGGGUUUGUAUCUACCCCGCGUACAUCAACAGCAAGAAAUCGAGGGCUGAGGGUCGUAGGGUUCCAAUUGAGAAGGCGGUGGAUACCCCAACAGUGCAGGAAAUGAAAGAUGUGCUGCUUGCUGCCGGGUUCGCAUCUACCUUUGGCAUCGAGAGGAGCUUUUACAGUCGGGAAGGCAGCAAAGAGCCCCAGUAUAUCGGACGUGUCCGAUUGCAGCUUAAGAAUGAUAAAGGAGACCCACUGAAUCCUGAAUUCCCGACAAGAGACUCGGUUUUGCUACAUCUAGGAGAGAUGAUUCCAAAGUUGAAGUCUAGAACUCAGCAAAAGCAGUCGACUGAACAGCAAGCCUCCCAGUCGACCUCAUCAUCCAAGAAAAAGGGCAAAGGCAGACGCUAAUCUCAAAUCAAACUUUUAUAUUCUGCGUUAAGUUUUUAUUUUGUAAAUUGUCGAGAAUACUAAUUGAUUCCAGACCUUA